AUGGCGACUUGGACGCGUUUCAAGUUGCUUCUGCUCAUGGUCGCCACUAUGGCGGCCAGGGUCUAUGCUCAUGUCGAAUGUCAUCACAUUGAGACCGUUUUUCUUCAGGAUCCUACUACUGGCGAGCGUUUCCAGGCCGGUGAAGUCAACGCUCUACCCCCCUCUGUGCUAGGUCGUGCUCUCCGUAACUACCAUGAUCUCAUCACCGUGACUAUUACCGAGACUACUUGUGGACCAGAUACACAUGAUUCCACAACCACGGUCACCACCGAUGUACCCUGCACGACUGAGACUACCGCGACAACCCCCUUGGCCUUGGUGGUUCCCACUACUACUGUGCCUGAGGCUUUGAGCGCUUCAGUUCCCAGCACUUCAGUUGUUCCUCAAAAGACGACUCAAUCCACCGUGUCUGACACACCCACCGUUUCUGACACCUCGGUGCCUAGCACUGGUGUGAGUUCUCAGACCACCGUCUUGACAGACCCUCUUCCUACGAGCACUCCUAAGGAGUCGACUGUGACCACCGUGUCUGCCACUUCUCCAGUCUCGGCAUCUACAGUGUCUCAGAUCGUCACUGAGUCUACUGUGCCUCUGAGCCACACCUCUGUGCCUGGUACCACCCUGGUUACUUCUGGAUCUUCCGCAUCAGGAACGUCUGAGUCUUUGACUCCCUCCGCUCCUUCUUCGGCCCCUGAGACUUCGGUGUCCAGCAGCACUGGACUGUCCACUGGAAACAGCAGUUCGUCCACAGUCCCUAACCCCACUACUGUGUCGGUCACGGCAUCUGGUCCCACUGCUCCCCCAGGCAGUGUCGCUCCUGUUGCCUCCACGAUUCCCGAGGCGGAGACCACCUCUGUUGUCUCUCAACCUAUUUCAAGCACUGGAUCGGACUCCUCUUCGUCUACCACUUCUAGUGUUGUCCCAGUGCCCCUUGGAACUGGUCAGAGCCACACCGCGUCUACGGUCACUGGUCCUGCCACCGAGGUUACCACCGAGACUCUCACCUCCCCAUGCCCUCUGUCCACUGGAGUGUCUCCCAACCCCGGAGAGACUGACGUUCCCGCUCCUGGCAAUGAAGUGACCACAGAGAGCACCACCUCUUCCGUUUCCACCAAGGUGGUUCCUCCUGUUCCUGGUACUACUGCGGUUGCCUACACCAACUCGACCGUUCCCCAGGCCCCUGGCCUUGUGACUGGAGUGACCACUGAUUACAUCACUUCUCCUUGCCCCGAGUCUUCGGGGGUGGCUCCUACCCCAUGGACCACUUUGAUCACUGUCACUGUGGAGAUCCCUUGCACUGAAACCACCCGGUGCCUCACCACAAGUGUUCUCACCACCAGCACUUUGUUGGUUUCCAACACCACAACCAUCCCAGUGCCUGUGCCCUAUGCCAACACCACCACGGAGAUUACCCCUACCAUUCCUACUCCCGUGGAGACCACUACCAUCUCUGUGACACCCAUUCCGGCCACUGUUCCCGGUCUGCAAACAACCACUCUGGAGGUGACAACAACUCUUCAGCCUACUGCCCCUGGUGUCGCUCCCCAGGAGACCACCGAGGUGGUGACCACCGUCGUCAAGCCCACAGUCCCCGUUCCUGUCUCUGUCCCUGAAGAGACCACCGAGGUUAUUACUACGGUUGUCAAGCCAACUGCCCCCGGUGCCGCUGAAGAGACCACUGUGGUGACCACUGUCAUCAAACCUACUGCCCCCGUUGUCGCUCCCCAGGAGACCACCGAGGUUAUCACUACGGUUGUCAAGCCAACUGCCCCCGGUGCCGCCGAAGAGACCACAGUGGUGACCACUGUUGUCAAGCCAACUGCCCCCGGUGUCGCCCCUCAGGAGACUACAGUGGUGACUACAGUUAUCAAGCCUACAGCCCCCGGUGCCACUGAAGAGACCACCGAGGUUGUGACCACAGUCAUCAAGCCAACUAUUCCCGGUGCCGCCCCUCAGCAGACCUCCGUCGUGAGCACUGAUAUUGUGCCUCUCCCAGAGGCCACUGUGGUCGAAGCUACUACUCAUGUCAAGACGCCUGGCCCUGCUCCAGCAUCCACCGCGGAGAAGACUGAGACCAAGCCACUGGCCGUGGCUCCAACCACAUUGGCCACCGCUGGUGUUCCCGGCCACCCUGCAACUCAACCCGAGGGUAGCAAGACUGGUAUCCAGGCUUCAGGAACCCCCGAGGUCACCGAUAAGAGCAGUGGCUCAGCUCCCCCACAGCCCACUUCUAGCCCCAUCUUCAAUGGCGCUAGCGCUGCCGGAGUUAUGGAUAGCCGUUUGUUCAUCAUGAGUAUCCUCAUUGUUCUCUCUCAUGCUAUCCAAUCCAUGGUGCUGUGA